AUGGCUCCCCAGAAGCAAUUGGUCCUUAAGCUGACCUCCUUUCGCUACAAGAAGGAGGGUAUCUCUUGGAAGGACUUCCAUGAAUACGGAACCAGACAGCAUGCACCUAAGGCUGCCCGUAUCCAGGAAAGACAUGGCGCCUACAAGAUUACGCACGUGUACACUCCCCCUAUCACCAAGAGUCUGAUCACCGACAAAAUCCCGUGGGCUGUCCGUCCCGGUUGGAUUGUCGACGACCACGACGUUUCGGUGUCGAUGUACGUGCCUGACCCCGAAACUCUGCAGGCAAUCGUCACAGAUCCGGAAUUCCAGAGCCUUGUCGCAGGAGAGGACCAUAUUCUGGAUCAGGAGCGGGCCACAGUCACCGCGGGCUGGGAGGAGGUCUUUGUGGAUGAGGGCAAAAUUGUGGACAUUGACCGCGAGAGCUGGGAGGCUUUUACGGCCAUGGGUCAGGGUAGCAAGAAGACUGAUGCUCCCGAGGAUGUUCGUAUCUGA